AUGUUCCAUGCGACAACACCUAUCAAAGGUCCUUCGACCGUCGAUUGUGAAGUCCUAACGGACAUUCAUACACAAUUAAAUUUAUCUGAAGUUCAAGUCGUUAGUCUUGUCCAAGACUUAAUUCCUCGUUAUCGUUUACGUGCUGAUACUGAUUUUGCUUGUUCAAACGAAGAUUUUAUUCAAACACCACGCAUUGACGGUUCUAAAUUUGAAUCUUUAACAAAUACACAAAUUCGUGCUCUUUUAGAUUAUUACGUUCUAUCUAGUGAUCGAAUAAGCCAAAUGACAAAAACAUAUCAUGAUAUAAAUGCAGUAACUCGCAUGCUUGAAGAUCGCGAGAAUGAUUUACAAACCGCUGUUAGCUUAGGUUAUACAUUACUGGAAAGUAAUGAUUCAUUACGUAAUCAAGUUUCAAUACUUGAACAAGAUAUUGAACAAACAACAGAAAUUGUUAAACAACUUAAACAUGAUUUACUUCUAAAAGAACGUCUUAUUCGAUUUUAUUAUGAUAUGGAUCUUGAUAUAUCACCAAACGAAUCAAAACAAGUAGAUUAUCAACAUUACGAACACAAAAUUCGUAAUCUUGAAUAUGAAAAUCGAGAAUUACGUGCUGAAAGUGUACAAUUGAAACUUGAAUCUGAAAAUAUCGAACAUCAAGAACAAGCCAUUGUCGAUCAUUUUGCUCAUGCUUUAGCAAAUGCAAAUUCCGAAAUCGAAAAUUUACAAGAAGAAAUUUGUAAAAAAAAUGAAGAAAAUCUUAAACAACACGAUGAACUUAUGCGUCUAUCCUAUGAAAUGCGUGAAAUUCAUCGUCGAUUGAAAGAAUUAAAGAAAGAAAAUGAUGAAUUAAAAAUUCUUUUGUCAGUAACUGGAAAAACUCGUCAUGAAUACGAAACAAAAAUUGAAGAUCUAGAAAAACAUUAUAGCGAAUGUUUAUCCAAGCUUCAUAAAUCGCAACAAGAAAUAAAUUCUUUACAAAAAGAUAUUCUUCCAAGUUCUGCAUCAUCACCUAUGUUGGAUAUAAAUUCUAACCAACAUCAUACAUUGUUCUUAUCACCAAUAGAAUAUGCAAAUUUUAUGAGCUUUGAAAAUUCACUUAAAUCAGAACUUGAAGAAGUACGUGAAGAUCCAAAUCAACUUUGUCAUUCAACAAUAAAUACAAAUAAAAAACAUUCUCGUCGUCGAGCUAAAUGCUCUCAAUGUGAUACGGAUUGUGAAUCAUCGAUAAGUGAUUCAGCAUUUAGUGAUACUGAAAGUUUAAGCAGUAAUUCAUCAUGUCGUUUUUGUCAGCAAUCUUCACCUAUUCCAAUAGAUGAAUCCAAAUCAAUAUCAUCAACAAGUGAUCGAAGAUUAUCAAGAGGAAUUUCAUCUAGAUUAAGACUUGUUAAACGAUUAGAAGGAUCAACUAUGUUAAAACGAUGGCAAGAAUUAGCUGAACCAAGUUUAUGUUCAUGCCUUGAAUCUAUACCCGGUGUUUAUACACGUGCUGAAAUUUUACACGAAAUUAAUGAAGAAAAUGAAGAAGACUUAAUAACACCACAAAAUGAAUUAGAAGAGCGAUUAUCAAUUAGUCUUGAAAAACAUUCACCUGAAACACCAAUACAUCUUCAUUCAUCAACACGUCGAAUGAAUCUUGUUGAAUUAUUAACAAAACAAGGAAUAACUGCACGUACACUUGAUUCUCCAAAUUCAUUUUCUGAAUUUGCAAAAGCUUUUUUAACAUGUCCAUUACCAAAUCGUCUUCCCAAAUCGACGACUACGAUUAUUCCUGAUCCUGACGAUGAUGAUUAUGAUGAACCAACAACUCCACCGUCUUCACCAACACAUGGUGCUCAAUUACAAACAAGUGCCCUUCUUCAUCAAGUCAUAGAACGUUUAAUGAAAUUAUCAUUGAAUACAUUGAAAACGUUUUCAUCAUCACUUACUUCAUCAAAUGGUCAGGAUCAAUUACAACAAAAUAAUGAAGAUAAACAAAGAUUACGUACUAUAGUCACAACAACUCCACUGCCAUCACCAACAUUCGAUGGACUUGUUUCACCAACACCAAAUACAGCAAUGCAUGCUAUGAAAACAAGUACAUUUCUACGUGCAUCAUCAUUAAAUCCGUAUAUGAAUAAAUCAAUUCGUAAUGUAUUUACUAAUUUAUCACCUGGUGAAACACCAUCAAUGGUUGAUGAUCUUAUUCGAAGUCAUCUUCGACGAAUAUAA